AUGGUUCAAUUUGGAAAAUGUGGCAAGAAACUCAUCAGGGAGUCGAACGGUCGGAUUGUGUGUAAGCGGGGAUACGUUGCGUAUCACGAUGAUAGUUGGGUUAUAAGUCUAGCGGAGUUGUCCGGGGUGAGUAACGUUGUGGGGAAGCUCAGUGAUGAACAGUCGUGGUUUACAGUUAAGGGGAUCUCGGAGUCGGAGGUUGAUCUGGGUGGCGCGUUUGUGUUUCCUGUUUUGACUACUGGGUCCAUGGUUGACUCGAUGUAUUUUGGCGUUGAUGAGUUGGAGAAGAAAGAGGAGGAGGUGGAAGAAGAAGGGGAUGGUGAGGAGAGGGUGGUUAAAAAGCCUAGGGUGCAGAUGAGCUAUGAUGAUGAUGAUGAUGAUAAUGGUGACGAGGAAGGGGAAGAGGAGGAAGGAAAGGUGCGGGUCAAAAGUAUUUAUGAAGUUCGGCAGUCGAGGCGUGAGGCGAAAGGGGAGACACUUGCUGCAAAGGCAGAUGAAGAGGCAGAGCAUAAAGCUCAUGAGGCAGAGGUCUCCCAUGAUGACGAUGACGACGAUGAAGAAAAACAAGAAAGUGAGCUGCUGGGAUCUGACGCGGAAGAAGAUGAUGAGCUGCUGGGGUCUGAAGAGCACGACGAAGAAUUGGUUCGUGAUCCAACAAUCGACUCGGACUAUGACUCAACCCUAGAUCUCGAUCACGCCGAAUGCAUCACUCUACAAGAUCUCAAGAAUCACAAGUUUAUGAAAAAGGUAAAUCUAAAUUGA